AUGCCCUCCUCGGGCCUCACAGCCGCACCUGCUGUGGCCGGCGCGCUUGGCACGCCCGGCAAGGCGCAGCGCGCCACAGCGCUGCUGCCGAGCGGCGGCGUCGUGAGGCAGGAGAGCAUUGUUGUCGCGAUCAACGAAAUCAUAGCCAACGGGGAAGACCUCGGAUUGGUGCUACCAGACAUUGACGGGACCCAGCAGCCGGCCGCCGCGCGCGCGGUGCUCACCACCGCCGAGGCCGCCGCGGCCUUCGCAGCCGCGGCCUCGCACGAUGGCGCGGCGGCCCCGGCGCCCGCGGCCGCGCCCGCGGCCGCAAGCGCCGAGUGCGCCAGCAGCACCAACGAAGGCCUGCUGGCCGCCGCCGCGGGCGCCGGCGGCGACGCGGGCCAGCCGCUGGGGCUGGAGCAGGCGUGGCAGCGGCUCGGCGGCCGGGAGCUGCCGCGCCUGCCCUCCCUGGACGCCGCCAUGGCCGACCGCCAGGGCAGCCUGGGCGGCUUGUAUGAGAUAGAGACCGACUGGCUUGACGGCAUCAGCGACAGCGACGCCGAUAUGGUCCUGGCCGGCGGCGACGGCGGCGGCGGCGGCGGCGGCGGCGGCGGCGCGGGCGCGCUCGGCCGCACGCUGUUGCGCGGCAACGACACCGACGCGUCCGGCUGCCUCAGCAGCGCCAACUACAACACCCUCAGCAGCUGCGCGUCGCUCACAGCGGCGAUGCAGGGCCUCUCCGCCGCUGCGAGCGGCACGCACCUGGGUUGGGUGCAGCUCCCAGGGCCGCUGGCGAGGGGCGGGGCCCCGCUCAACCAGUCAGCCGUGCAGGACGCUUUCUUCGCAAGCGGCGUCAUAGCCACGCCGCUGGACGCGCUGGCUCAGGCGCGCCGCCCUGGGGCCGCUGGGGUUGCCGGCGAGCUGCAGCCGCAGCCUAGCGUCUGCCCCUGGGGCCCCCUGCAGCGGCCGCCGCCACUGGAGGUCGACCUGAGCAGCGGUGGUGGCAGGAGCGGCGCCGACGGCAGGACCCCCUCUGGCUAUUCGCCAGCGGCGGCGGCUGCGGCUGGAAGCGCGGCCGCGCAGCCCUCUGAGCGCGCCAACAGCGCAGCCAGCGGCGCGAGCGGCGUCGCGGCCGCGGGCACCGCGCUCCAGGCGCAGGCGCAGCGGCAGGGCCCGGCCGCGACAUCGCCGGCCGCCGCGACCGACGGCGCAGCAGGGCCUGCGUUGCUGCAGCCCGCGCGGACACUCCGGCAGCUGGGUCGCGGCAGGCCCGACGGCUUAGAUUUGGAAGCCCUGCAGUCGCUCCUCGCCACGCAAGGGAUGGAUGAGGGCUUUGGCCUGAUCAGCAGCAUCGACCUGCCCGGGGUCAUGCGCGUUGGCGGCUGCGGCGGAGGGCAGCAAUCCCGCCGCGGCGGCGCGCGCGGCGGCGGCGCGGGCGAGGCGAGCCAGCAGGCCCCGGCACUGCUGCCGGGCCUGCAGCAAGGGCAGCAGCACCAACAGCAACAGCAGCAGCACCAGCAGCAGCUGCUGCUGCUGCAGCAGCAAAUGCAGCAGCGGCAACUGCAGCAGCAGCUGCAGCUGCAGGAGCAGCAGCAGCAGCAGCAGCAGCAGCAGCAGCAGCAGCAGCAGCAGCAGCAGCAGCAGCAGCAGCAGCAGGCCGCCCCCCUAGCGCCGACGCCUGGCAAGUUUGCCGGGCGGCUCCAAGGCAUGUUUGCAAAGACAGCCGCACUCCUGGCCGGCAACGGCCGCAGCGGGAACGGCCUGGCGCCGCCGCAGCUGCCCCAGCAGCAGCUACAGCAGCAGCAGCAGCAGCCGCUGCAGCAGCUGCUGCAGCAGCAGCACUCUGGCGGCGUCGCGUCCAGCGGGUCCUCAGGCCCACCUCCCCCCGUCGUCGGCGCGCCGGUGGCGGUCCCUGUGUCAAUCGACAUGGACAUGUACUCGCCCUUCAUGGCGGCGCCCUUCCUGCCUAUGGCCGGCCUCGUGCACCCUGUCGACGCCGCCGCGGCCGCCCCCGCGGCCGCCAUCCAGCUGCAGGCGUCGCUGGAGCUUCAGCUGUCCGGCGCGGGGCAGGCCGCGCUCUGGGGCGUCGGGUCUGGGGGGUUCGCGUCGGAGCCCUGCAACAUCUCCUAUGGUUCUGCGCCCGAGCCGCUGCCAGACUUCUUCGGAGGCGCCCACCCCUCCGCCUCCGGCGCCGCCGGGGCCGCCGGCGCCGGCGCCGGCUCGGCCGUAACGAGGCCGGCGGCGGCGGCGGCGCGGCGCGCGUCAUGA